UUAGGUCUACUCGUGCUCUGUUUCUCCAUUUCGUUUAUUUUCUUCGCGACUCGCCAGCGCAAUGAGCACAGCGUCCAUUCUCACGCUCUACUCCACCUACAUCAGCUACGGCCUGCUCUUCGUGCUAGGUCAUCUGCGCGAUUUGUGCCGCUCGAUCCACAGGGCAUUCUUCGCGAUCAAGGACGCGAAUCCGCCGGGAUAUGCGCCAUUGUGUCGGAGCUAUGAAGAUUUCUAUGCCAGGCGCUUAUACCACAGGAUCCAGGAUUGCUUCAAUCGGCCCAUUGCGAGCGCUCCAGAGUCGUGGAUCGAUGUGAUUGAAAGGGAGUCGAGCGAUAAUAACAAGACUUUACAUCGGCCCUUCAAGACCCGGAGAUGUCUCAACCUUGGCUCUUACAACUACCUUGGAUUUGCUGCCGCUGACGAGUACUGUACGCCGCGGGUGAUCGAGUCUCUGGAAAAAUAUGGUGCUAGCACUUGUGCUAGCCGUGUUGAUGGAGGAACUACAUCACUCCAUGUAGAGCUAGAGGAGUUGGUUGCACGAUUCGUUGGCAAACCGGAUUCAAUGGUUUACGGAAUGGGUUUCGCGACCAACUCAACCACACUACCAGGCCUUAUUGGCAAGGGAGGACUAAUCAUCAGCGAUUCUUUGAACCACGCAUCUAUUAUAUUUGGAGCGCGUAGUUCUGGCUCCAAAGUGAAAGUUUUCCAGCACAACUCACCCCAGCAUCUCGAAGAGGUGCUACGGGAGAACAUUGCUGAAGGACAACCUCGGACUCAUCGGCCUUGGAAAAAGAUAAUUGUUGUCGUGGAAGGGAUUUACAGCAUGGAGGGGGAGAUUUGCAGAUUAAAAGAGAUAGUGCAAGUCUGCAAAGCCUACAAGGCAUACGUGUACCUUGAUGAGGCACACAGUAUAGGCGCCAUUGGAAAGACUGGGAGAGGAGUCUGCGAGCACUUGGGCGUUGAUCCUGCUGAUAUAGAUGUGAUGAUGGGUACGUUCACAAAGUCUUUUGGUUCUUCCGGGGGAUACAUUGCGGGAUCUAAAGACCUUAUCGCAUAUUUGAAGAGCAUUAGUCCUGGCCAUAUGUACGCAACCGCAAUGUCACCUCCCGUUGCGCAACAAGUAAUAUCGGCCAUGAAAGUCAUAAUUGGUGAAGAUGACACUGAUAGGGGUGCCCGAAAGCUUGCUCAAGUACGAGAAAACAGUAACUAUUUCCGUCAGGAGCUACGGAAGAUGGGAUUUGAGGUCCUGGGUGACAGAGACUCUCCAGUUAUGCCGAUUAUGCUUUACAAUCCAGCAAAGAUCCCCGCCUUCAGUCGCGAGUGCCUCAGGCGAAAUGUGGCUGUUGUGACUGUGGCCUUUCCAGCGACACCCUUACUCCUAGCCCGAGCCAGGAUAUGUAUUUCGGCGUCACACACCAAGGAAGACUUGGAGCAAGCACUAGAGGUUAUCAGUGAAGUUGGGGACCUGGUUCACAUCAAAUACUUCAAACAUUGACACAAAAGUCCUUGCUUAUGUACAAAACUGGAGACCGCAAACUUUCUCUUCUACUCGAUGUCUUGGGACGCUUUGUCCUCGGGAGCUGCAGUGCCAGUGUCGUCCUUUCUCAAGAGGUCAUCUGCCUGGAGUGUGGCCUUGAGAGCCUCGGCGAGCUCGCGAUCAAGCUCCUCCGCAAAGUUCAUGUCGUCAUCGUCAUCCUAGUCGGGAAUUCACAGGAGAAAAUGCAAAGUUGUCAGGAAAGAGGAACGAUUUCACUGCUAGGUACCUCGUCCGCCUCGUCGAGCGCCUCCUUGGGCUGCUCGCUCGUUGUGUUGGUCGUCUCCAGUUGCUUCAUGGCCUGUGUGUAAAUGCUCUCCUCUACCUGGGGAAUGAAAGAAACAAAGAACACGUAGAACACAUUGGAAUGGAAGUUGAAUCUUCAUA